UGCCCAUCAAGUUAUCUCCCUUACAGGAAGCGGUAAUUUUGAAGAUGCUUAUAAUUUACAUCAACAACAGUUUUAUCUAAAACAAAUGUAGAAUGACCCGUGCAACUCAGACAAACUCAAAAAAUAAUAACGCUUCUCCACAGUCACGAAGAAAGGGGCGUACUGUUGCCCGAAGAAGUGGUGCUAAUGAUGGAGACGCGUCAACUUCGCGAGCGGAAAGAUCUGCUAGUACUAAAAAGAAAAGAUUUAGACCCGGAACUAAAGCGUUAAUGGAAAUAAGAAAGUAUCAAAAGUCAACAAAUUUACUUCUCAGGAAAAUGCCAUUUGCGAGAUUAGUGAGAGAGGUUUGUGUAGACUUGUUUCCAGGAACAAAUCAUUUAUGGACUGCCCAUGCUUUAUUAGCUAUUCAAGAGGCUGCCGAAGCUUAUCUCGUUUACCUUUUUGAAGAUGCAAAUUUAUGUGCCAUACAUGCCAAACGAGUGACAAUUAUGCCUAAGGACAUUUUUCUAGCACGUCGUCUACAUGGAGGAAUGUAUUGAAAAAGUGUUCUUUCUGAUGAAAUCUUUAGUUUUAAACAUUUUAUGAAUUUCUUGUCACAAUGAAUUUCUCUUGAACAUUUGAAAUUGAUCAAUUCUUUUUAAAGAUAUAUUGAAAAGAUUCGAUAGACCUUUAAUGAAAUCAAGAGAAAAGUUUUUGCUUCGGUUUGGCGCCAAGACGGGUUGGAAUGAAGGAGAUGUUUUUUAAUGCAUAUUUUUAAUAUUAUAAAAUAUAACAAUACAUAAUGUAUUAUGGUAUUAAAUUUUUAACUUUUAACAAAUUUGUUCAGUGUGUUAGUAGAUGCUACAGCAAUUUUUGGGAAAGAGUUCGCUUUCGUUCUAAUUGUGGAAAAACAUGCCGC